CCUUUUGAUCACAAAGUUAAAUUAGCUCAAUUCUACUACGCCGAGGAGUCUCACAUCCGUGAUGCUAUCUCGAGCUCUCUUAAAGCUAAGCAUAACUGGUCUCGCACGUCCUUUGAUACGCGAGCCAGUAUAUUCCUGAAAGCUGCUGAUCUCAUCAGCACAAAAUACAGAAACGAAAUUUUGGCCGCGACCAUUCUUGGCCAAGGAAAAACAAUUUUUCAGGCCGAAAUUGAUGCUGUGGCUGAACUUGCCGACUUCCUUCGCUUUAAUGUUUACUUUGCUUCGGAAGUUCUUAAGUACAAACCAAUAAGCACUACGGACGCAACGAAUGAACUCGUCUACAGACCUACUGAGGUUGGCUUCUGGGUCGGCAUACCUCCCUUUAAUUUUACUGCGAUUGCUGGUAACCUUGUUAGCGCUCCAGUAUUGAUGGGCAAUGUUGCGCUAUGGAAACCAUCAGAUACGUCCGUCUAUUCAAAUUACCUUGUAUAUAGAAUCUUUAAAGAAGCUGGCUUGCCUGAUGGCGUCAUCAAUUUCGUCCCAUCUGAUGGUCCGCUCUUUGGCAGAAUCAUUUCAAGUCAUCCACACUUGGCUGGAAUCAAUUUCACAGGCAGCACUGCCACUUAUCGCCUUCUUCUUAAAUUGGUCGGAUCUAACAUAGAUAACUUCCGGAGUUAUCCUCGACUAAUUGGAGGUAUGUUUAUUUCAUAA